ACAGUUUUACUCCCAACACAGGUAUGGCUGUACCCUCCGCGUCCGUUAAUGAGAUGAAGCCUAUUUAGAUCUCCAGAUAAUCUCUUGCAGGACAGGAAAGCGGGGCGGGGGGGUUGUAAGGAGUCAUUAGUCUAUCUCAUUAAGCGACCAAGCAAGCAGUUCAUGAAACAACACUCCAAUUGGUGGUGGUGCGCUUCACAACAACACUUGGACUAUAGCAGUGCCAUUUCCCAGAUCCCCAACGCCUGGGAGCGACAUUGCUGUCAUCAAGGCAUCCCGUAUUGCGGUGUGAUAUUUUGGCACCUCCAGACGACCUUCGGAAAGGGGUACCAUCCGUCCGAAGUGCCCCCAAGUCGCAACCUCCAACCUGACCACAAGUCUUCCACUAUGGAUUCCAUGAAGUCCCUGGGGGCCCCUUUUGCCAGCUGUGUUUACUGGGCCAACCCCGGCAAGAAGACGCCGUCCGUCCGCAGAAACAGCUUCACGCGUAGGAAGAGCAUCGGAGCGCGUCGGAUGUCCCUUCCCGGCAAGGGCAUCGGCCGACGGAAGUCUCUGCCCUGUAGGCCUAGCCAAAAGGUCCCAGAGUCCUGGCUCACUGUGUACCAGGCUGACCUCCAGAAGGAAAGGAAACGACAGCAAGCAGUGCUGGCCAAGAAGAACGCAGAGAGGUCCAUCGGAAAGACCCACUUCAGGAGCCAGCACUGUCUUCCAAGGAAGCCCAGCAACCCAGCCAGAAAGCCUGCAUCCAAGCGCAACCAAAAGUCAUUAUUCGGGGCCUUCCAGGGCCUCAGCCUGGAUGGGGCUAUGGGAGGUGGGCGGGGCGCGGCUGCCAGAGCCUCCGCUGGGGGAGACCCGUGCAAAGUUAUGUAAAGUUAGCAAACGGCUUCCCAGACACCAGGAUUUCAUGAGGGUUUAAGUACUUCAGAAGAACAAGCAAUGCUGGUGAUCCCGAACUGAUUGAGAAUUCCUGAUUGAUUCAUAAGCAUGUUGACAUGUAAAUACCCUAUAUUAGUGAAGCAAUAGCAGUUGUAAAUUAGUUGUAUUUUAGUUUGUUACUUUGAAUUUGCAAGCUUUUUUCUGCCAAAUGAAUGUUUUAAUAAAGAUGAAUGACAUGUUUAAGCCUAA